CUAGCGGGCAUUCGGCGUACAAAGUGGAUAGUGGGGGUUAGUUACGGCGGAAUCGCAAAUAUUCGGUGAUGGUGGUGCGCGACAAGGGUGAUAAAAAAAGCAGUGUCGCGAGAACGUGAAUUUGGACGGGCCUAGUGGACACGCGAGGCCAUGCGUCCGUUUUACGUCGCGUUUGCACACGUCGCUGCACGAUCUCGUAGCGUCGCGAUGCCUUUGCUCGCGUCGUUCCUCGCAAUUACGCAAUGAUUAGUCGUCACGAUGUUGGAUCCGGGGUGUUAGGAUCGUUUGUGAAUUUGUUCGAUCGAAAGAUUUCUUUCUCGAUGGUUGAUCGUGGAUGAACAGUUACCAGCAUGAGCUUUUGGUCCCGCAGACGAUUUCGUAUCACUCCGCUACAAGCGUUCGCGGCGCUGUUUCUCAUGAUCAUGCUGUUUUGGUACAGCCUCAGUCGGCAAGAGACACCUCAGCAACCGUGCAGCGUGCCCGAGGAAUUCACGGAGAAACUACACGAACUUACCUACAGGGUCCACUUAGUGCUAGCGAAACUGAGCAUCGUGCACUUUCUGUGCUUCGGAGGACUCUGGGGUCAAGUUCGAAUCGGUCGUGCCUUGCCAUGGGCACGUAAGGUCGAGCUUUGCUUGGUCGACACUCUCAGAGACGAUGUCCUAAUCACGAAAGCAUUCCGUCAAGCUGCUUUGAGCGCUACAUACCUGCACGCGGCCGGUGUGUAUCGAAUCCAGGAACACGGGGUCGGCGAAGAUGCGCCCAAGGUGGAGGUCGUCGUCUUCGAGAAGGAUGCUGUGACACGAAUGGUAAGAAGAGUAGGUUGGACAAGAAGGGUGUUGCCUCCGGACUGCGAAUUUUCCCCCAGUCUACAAUGUUUUCCACCUCGGCUUAUAAUUCCUCCCUUACCGGCGAAACUGUUCGGUAGUCGAUUAAUACCUGUCCCUAGAGGAGGCAUCGAAUUGCAAAAAUAUCACUAUCCUAACGAUUGGUGGCUCGAGGUGAAACCCACCGACUGCACCGAGCUACAAGAAACCAACGCGUAG